AUGCGACUUUAUGCUCUUGCAUGCCUCUUUCUCGCGCUAGAGAGCGAGGUUGGUGCAUUCAUACCUCGAAGCCGCCCUGUAGCUGUCACAUUAUCAAGAUUCGCUACUCCUGAAAAGCAACAGGAAUUCUCAGACCGAGUUUUCAUUCGAGUUCGAGACCGAAUAAAAAACGAGAUUGUGGAAUUGGAUGUCGAACGAAAAAAGCUGGCAACCGAAAUAGAGGAAAGCACGGGUCUUGAUGAUAAUGCAGUGCAAGAGAAUCUGAAGAAACAAGCAAAGCAGCUUGACGACAAGAAAAAGCGAUUAGAGCAAUCGUUGCAAAACUUUGAAGCACGACAACAGUCUAUAGAGUCUAGCGGUGGUCCACAACCAACGACUGCUGUCCUAGCUGGAUCUGUUCUUGUGGCUGGUGUUGCAGGUCGAAAUGCCCUGUCGAAUCGAAAAAUCAAAAAGGAGGAAGAAAAACUGAUUAAAUUGGCCAAGAAGAAUGGAACAAAGGCACCGAGUGGACCUCCUCCACCCGCAGACGACAAAGACAACAAAGCCAAACAAGACGGAGGUGGCGGGGGGUUUCCCUUUUUUCAGUUGGGCACUGCUGCCCUAAUUGGUAGUGCACUAAUUGGCGCAGGUAAUGAUGCCGCGAUACCGGAUCAAGAGUCUACCGCAAAGCCAAUCAUCAUCCAAAAAGAGCAACAAAUGUCCUCGACGCAACAGACACCAACCGAACAGGUAGAGCUACCAUAUCUAGAAAACAAAAUCCAGGAAGCUGAGAUCAAACAGCAGGCUCAGACAGAAGCCGCAGCACUCAUAAUGCAAGCUCGACAGGAGGCAAAGACUGCCGAAGCGCAGGAUAUCACAAAGAAAGCCAAAAUAGACGACGAAUCGCGGAUACAGACAGAACAGGAUAAGAAACAACAGACUGGAGCCAAAGUUAAUGCUGAAGAGGAUACUCGAAUAAAGGCUGAACAGGAAAAGAAGUUGAAAGAAGAAGCACAAAUUAAAGCCAAAGAAGAUGAAGAGGCUCGAAUAAAGGCUGAAAAAGAAAAGAAGCAGAAGGCUGAGGAAGAAGCGAGGAGAAAGGCCGAACAGGAGGCCAAGGCUAAAGCUGAGGACGAAGCGAAGAUAAAGGCUGAGCGAGAGAAAAAACAGCAGGCUGAAGCAAAAGCAGAGCGAGAGAAAAAACAGCAGGCUGAAGAAAAAGCCAAGGCUGACGAAGAGGCUCGAAUCAAGGCCGAACAAGAGAAGAAGAUGGAAGCUGAAGCCAAGUUAGAAGAGGAAGCUAGAGUAAAGGCGGAACAGGAGAAGAAACGGAAGGCCGAAGAGGAAACUCGCAUCAAAGCGGAGCAAGAAAAGAAAUUGAAAGAACAAGCAGAUGCCAAAACUAAGGCUGAAGAGGAUGCUCGAAUAAAGGCCGAGCAAGAAAAGAUGCUGAAGGAAAAAGAAGAUGCCAAUGCAAAGGCGGACGAAGAAGCCCAUGUCAAGGCAGAGCAAGAAAAGACCUUGAAGGAGCAAGCAGACGCCAUGGCUAAGACUGAAGAGGACGCUCGAAUAAAGGCCGAACAAGAAAAGAUGCUCAAGGAAAAAGCAGAUGCCAAAGCAUCGGCGGACGAAGAAGCCCGUGCCAAAGUAGAGCAAGAGCAGAAACAAAGAUCCGCAGCUGAGACUAAAGCGAAAGCUGAUGAAGAGGUUCGGAUAAAGGCUGAACAGGAAAACAAACAACAGGCCGAGGCCAAGGCCAAGGCCAAGUUUGACGAGGAAGUUCGAAUUAAGGCCGAGCAAGAAAAGAAAUCGAAGACCGAAAUAGAAGCGAAGGCCAAGGCCGACGAAGAAGCCCGUGUCAAGUCCGAACAAGAGAAGAAACCGAAAGCUGAAUUAGAUGUCAAGGUGAAGACUGACAAAGAAGUACGCGUGAAGGAUACGGAGAUUAAGGUAAACAGCGAAUCAGUUGCAGCCGCAAAACCAGGUUCCAGCGAAGCACCUACUAAGGCUGAUACGACUGUACCACAACCAGGAAUAGACGGAAUGACACCAAAGGUGGCGGAAAGCAAACAAGGCGUGCCUAUCGGUUCAUCGUCAGCAGCAGGGGUAUCCAUUACACGUUCCCUCUCAAUACCCAAAGCUGACACAACAAUCGUGUCAUCUGUGAGCGAGAUGAUCAAGGGCAGUCUGCCGUCAAAUCUUCUCGACACCAGUACUCUCAAACUUCCCAAAGUCCGUAUUCCUGAGCUGCCUUCAUUCGCGGAUGUUAGUAAGGGUGCCGCCGACAAGCUCUCAACAUUUGAGGCUCCAAAGUUUGAGAUUCCUAAGCUUCCAAAUGUUCCCAGCUCUGAUUCGAUCCAAAAAGAGAUGCAAAACACAAUGGAAAAGCUUCGGUCGACACAAUUUCCCAGUGUUUCUGCUGUGCGAUCAAUGAUAAGCGGAAAACUACCCUCUGAUUUCAAAGCAGACGUCGGGCUCUCGUCAAUUUUUGGCAAGAACAAAAUGGCGACUACAGCAAUCGCUUUGACUGGUGUAGGCAUUUUUGCAACCGCUUCAACUGCCCGCUCACUUCGAAUCUAUGACGAGACAUGGGAUGAACGAGAUUGCAUUGCUGUUCUUGACGAUCCUGAUAACCCCCCGCAAAAAGCAGAGUUUUUCACCGCUACGGACAAAACACCAUCACCGUUUUCGCCAAUCAAAGAGUUCAACAGGAAUCUGUCAGUGCCAACUCAAACAGAUUCCGAAACAUUGUCAGCACAGCAAGCGUCAGGCGCCACAAGGCAGGGCAUACCAGACAGGUCUUCUUACGAGCGCCCACUACCGAAAUUUGGGGCCACGAACGAUGCGGUCAAUGGAAGCUCUCCCAAGGGCUCGCUUGGGUCAGUCAGUCCAAAGGGAUCUUUCGGUGGGAUGAAUCCAGUCAAUGCGUCACCUUCCUCCCCCUUCAGCUCUACGAAUUCUGCUGCAAAAACUGGUCUCUCUGACAAGGACAUGACCAAGGGAAGCUUAAAGAACCCGUUUUCAGAAUCCAGCUCGUUCAGCAAAGGUGGUUCAUUUGGUCCCAAGGGUGCUAGUACAGCUUCUCCGUUCUCUAAUGAAGGUUCCACUGCCUCUAGCACGAGUCCAUUCUCACCAAAGGGUGCUACAGCUCCAAAAACAGGCUUGGGUUCGUUCAGCAAAGGUGGUUCAUUUGGUCCUAAUGGUGCUGGUACGGCUUCUCCGUUCUCUAAAGAAGGUUCUGCUGUAUCUGGUACGAGUCCAUUCUCACCAAAGGGUGCUACAGUUUCAAAUACAGUCUCAAAUUCGUUCAGUAAGGGUGGUUCAUUUGGUCUCAACAGUGCUAGUGUCGAUUCUUCGGUCUCUAAAGAAGAUUCUAUUACACCCAAGGGUGCUACAGCUCCAAAGACAGGCUCGAGUUCGUUCAGCAACGGUUCUUCUGGCCCCAAGGGUGCUAGUACUACUUCUCCGUUCUCUAAAGCAGGUUCUACUGUCUCUGGUACAAGUCCAUUUUCACCAAAGGGCGCUACAGCUCCAAAGACAGGCUCAAGUUCGUUCAGUACUGGUUCCUUUGGUCCCGAUGGUGGUCGUACUGCUUCUCCGUUCUCUAAAGAAGGUUCUGCUGUCUCUAGCACUAGUCCAUUUUCACCAAAGGGUGCUACAGCUCCGAAGACAGUCUCGAGCUCGUUAAGCAAGGGUUCAUUCGGUCCCAAGGGUGCUAGCGCAGCUUCUCUAUUCUCAAAGGAACGUUCCAUCCCACCCAAGGAUGCUACAGCUCCAAAGACAGGCUCAAGUUCGUUCAGCAACGGUUCAUUUGGUCCCAAGGGUGCUAGUACUGCUUCUCCGUUCUCUAAAGCAGGUUCUACUGUCUCUGGUACAAGUCCAUUUUCACCAAAGGGUGCUACAGCUCCAAAACCAGGCUCGGGUUCGUUCAGUACUGGUUCCUUUGGUCCCGAUGGUGGUAGUACUGCUUCUCCGUUCUCUAAAGCAGGUUCUGCUGUCUCUAGCACUAGUCCAUUUUCACCAAAGGGUGCUACAGCUCCAAAGACAGGCUCGAGCUCGUUCAGUAAGGGUGGUUCAUUUGGUCUCAACAGUGCUAGUGUCGAUCCUUCGGUCUCUAAAGAAGAUUCUAUUGCACCCAAGGGUGCUACAGCUCCAAAGACAGGCUCGAGUUCGUUCAGCAACGGUUCUUUUGGCCCCAAGGGUGCUAGUACUGCUUCUCCGUUCUCUAAAGCAGGUUCUACUGUCUCUGGUACAAGUCCAUAUUCACCAAAGGGCGCUACAGCUCCAAAGACAGGCUCAAGUUCGUUCAGCACUGGUUCCUUUGGUCCCAACGGUGGCAAUACUGCUUCUCCGUUCUCUAAAGAAGGUUCUGCUGUCUCUAGCACUAGUCCAUCUUCACCAAAGGGUGCUGAAGUUUCAAAUACAGGCUCGAAUUCGUUCAGCAAGGGUUCAUUUGGUCCCAAGGGUGCUAGUACGGCUUUGCCAUUCCCUAAAGAAGGUACUUCUGCCUCUAGCACCAGUCCAUUCGGACCCAAGGGUGCUACAAUAUCCAAGACAGGCUCCAGUCCAUUCAGCAAGGCUUCGUAUGGUCCUGAGGGUGGUACGAAGAUAGGCCCCGGUGCAUCUAGUAAGCGUCCAUUUGGUUCCAAUGGUGUUGCAACAAUUUCCCCAAUCUCUAAGAUAGGAAAGACAAGUGAUACCGUCAAUGGAAGCUCGACAGACGAUGAUGAUUCCCCCUUCAAGACUGGAGAGUCCACGGAAUCUGGAACCUCAUCAAAAGCUUCUCUUGGUGCUAUAUCGUUCGUUCCUACAAACGAGAGUGAAAGUGAAGAGGAUUCCAAGGAGGAAAGUCAAGAUGAUAAAGGGGACAAAACACCGUCGGAAGGACAACAAAAGAGGAAGAAGCCUUACUUUUUUUCAUCCUCCAUCAGAAACGGUCCAUUGUCCUUGAUGUUUGUCCAAGAUCCUAUUCCAGGCAAAUAUGUAAAGGGUCCAAAAACUUCGACAGCUGAUGCCUUUGAGACUGACUCCAAAGAAGGCGAAACUGAGACAGGCUUUGACGAUCCUUCAAGUAGCAUUCCGGAAGGUCCGAAUUUAGGAGAUUCAGUUGGGAAAGUUCUCGCAUCAGUCACGCCCGGAACGUCGACAUCGUUUGGUGGGUCGAAAGCUGGCAACAAGCCGUCGGCUCCUCCGCCCUUCAACAAACCGAAAUCAUCAAAAGGUGCCAUCAGCAAGAAACCAGAAACUCUUAUAGAUAGCACUGAUUCGGUGGCAACUGCGACGCCAUCUCCAAAGGUCAAUAGCAAGGGGAUGACUGGAUCUACAUCACCGUUCGGAAAGACCGAGAUGCCCAAAGAAUUUGGUGGGCCAAAGAAAGGAAUCCAGGAAUCGACAUCUUCGCCUCCUCGAUUCUACAAAAUAGAAUCACCACAUGGUUCACACCAUAAGUCCGACAUCCCCGACGAAGACUCUGGUGCAUCUUCAACUACAAUGCCAUUUCCAAAGCUCAAUAACAAGGGGAUGAAAGGUUCGACAUCGCCUUUCGGAAAGACCAGAACACCCGCAUUUGGUGCCUCUAGCAAAAAUUCCGACAGCUCCAAAGAUGACAAUGAGACAGCAGCGACUACUACACCGUUUCCAAAGCUCAAUAGCAAGGGGACGAAGGGGUCCACAUCGCCAUUCGGAAAGACCGGAACACCCACAUUCGGUGGAUCGAGCGACAAUUCCAACGAUGACAAUGAGACAGCAGCGACUACUACACCGUUUCCAAAGCUCAAUAGCAAGGGGAUGAAGGGUUCGACAUCGCCAUUCGGAAAGACCGGAACACCCACAUUCGGUGGAUCGAGCGACAAUUCCAACGAUGACAAUGAGACAGCAGCGACUACUACACCGUUUCCAAAGCUCAAUAGCAAGGGGCUGAAGGGAUCAACAUCGCCAUUCGGAAAGACCGGAGCAACCACAUUCAGUGGAUCGGGCGACAAUUCUGACAGCUCCAAAGAUGACAAUGAGACAGCAGCGACUACUACACCGUUUCCAAAGCUCAAUAGCAAGGGGCUGCAGGGACCAGCAUCGCCAUUUGGAAAGACUGGAAAACCCGCAUUUGGUGGGUCGGCAAAGGCAGACAGCAAGGGAUCAGCAUCGCCAUUUGGAAAGACUGGAACACCCGCAUUUGGUGGGUCGGCACAGGCAGACAGCAAGGGAUCGGCAUCGCCAUUAGGAAAGACUGGAACACCCACAUUUGGUGGCUCGGCGAAUACAGGCAGCAAGCCAUCAUCGUCAUCUCCUUUCACCAAUAAAAUGCAAUCGCCGAAGGGGUCCAUGAGCGAAAGCACAACACGCUUUGAAACAAGUGGAAGUAAGCCAAAACCUGGGACCAAAUGGUCGUCUUCUCCGUUUUCCAAGGGGUAUGUGCCUGAUAGUCCAAAACUCGAUAAUGAGUCAUCUUCUUCGACUCUGUCUGAAGAUCAAUUGUUGGAGACCGAAGAGUCUUUCGAAACAUCAGAUGACUCUGAAAGUUCUGGCCCCUCCUGGUACAAUUCACCCGUGACCACUGAUUGGGGAAAAGACGACGAUAUGAUGAUGUCAGAGUCUCCCGAGAUGAGGCAGCAAUCACCUCCGCCACAACCUUCCAAAGCUCCCCCCGCAGAACUAAACAGCCAAAGCGCGACAUCGUUUUCCAAGCAACCUUCACCAAAGCCUAAAGCUAUUGACCAGAUGCCGAACAAUAUCAUGUCGGCCGACACAGCAACAUCUUCCAACCAACCGGAAAUGUAUGCUCUAGAUGCUGACGGUGGUGAUUCUGUACAAUGGUGGCAAAUACGCCAACAAGAUUGGGGGCUCGAAGAGGAAUCAAAAUCAGCCUUUGCUGCACCUCCUCAGAGGCCUCAAGCCACGCCAAAACAUUGGGAUCCGCAUGGUGCAGUAGAUGAACCAGUUGACAUAAUGACCAAGUAUUCCUCGAGCAAUGGUGAGUGGUGGUCGCGAGGAAAAAGUGACACCACCAUGAACCCAGAUCCCCCAAUUUUACAGAGUUAUAGCAGCAGCGAGUCCUCAACCCAAGAACUACCAGUGUUGGAUGUUGCGCCUGACGAAGAGGAAUUGAGCAACGAUGCCGAUAUUGCUGAGGAACAAGAGAGCGCCGUCCCAAAACUCCCAGACAGAAUUGACGACAAAGCGGAGGUGCAUCUAACCCCAGUGAAUCCCAAUGAUCCUACUGCUUCCCAAUUCGAGAGCGAUUCGACUCGUCCUUCGACAUCACUACCGCCAGCUACCAAUACCAAUACCAAUACCGACGACACAACGCAAGACACCAAACUCAUUCCAGUGAACCCCAAUGACCCAUAUGAUAAGAAAUUCAACAACGACGAUACUUUGACACCUGUCGAAAGCGAUCAAGACGUAUCGGAUGGCAGCUGGUACAACUCUCCAAUCGAUUCGAGCUUUUUCAGUGCGGAUCGAGACUAA